CGAAAUUAAAGCUUGAACUUUAGUGUGAUCAAUACGAGUUUCACUUUUUGAAUUGAAUUACUGAAUAACUAUAGUUUUCCAUGCCUUAUUUUCUUCUUUUUUUCUUUCUUUUCUUUUUGAUACACCAGUAAAUCCUAACCCCUUAGUUACGGUGGUAUCCAUGACAGAUUACAUGCGCGCUACGGAAUGUCGCAACUCUUGGACGCGUUCUGCGCGCGUACGGCAGAUGGAGAUCCCCGCGCUGUUGAGUGUAGGGUUAAUGCCGUCUGAGGAGGGCGGGGUUUAGAUCAAUAAUAACCUCCUGAUGCCUGUCAACUGUUUAAAAAAAAAAAGAAAAACCACUGUCCAACCUGGUGUGUGUUUGUGUGUGAGUGUGAGUGAGAGAGAGAAAGCUCUCGUCUCCUGGAGACGAGACGUGAAAAUCGGGACGCUUGACGUGCGCAGCAGCUCCGAGCUUGUGGAAGAAAUGACACGGCGGCGUUGAUGAGGAGGAGGUGCGACCUGGAGCUGCUCUUUAAUCGCUUCGCCUUUUUUUUCUCUCCUUCUUUUCUCUGCUACGGAGCCGUGGUUGAGCCGGGGUUUGUGGGGGAAUGCAGCAGUUCUAGGAAUAGACGGGAGAUGCAGAUGAAUCCUGCACGGAAGGGAUAACCCGCCUGCGAAAGUAAACUCAAGCAGGGCAGCGCCGAGUGGCUGCUUCAUCCGCGCCGCCUUACGUAACUGAGCUCCGAGGAGAGACGGCCGGAGAAGCCGACCUGUUCAACCCAAGCGACGAAAUCAUAGAGUCAGCGAGAAGACCAGACCAAAUAGUAUCUCCGAUCUCGCAUCAUGGCUGUUGAGGACGCCGCCUGAGCUCAGUGACAUGAACAACGGCCACGGGCAGGGAGGAGGAGCCGUCACUGUGGAGGCUGAUGCCAUCAUCCACACCAUGAACCCUGACCUCAUCACGCUCACUAACAAAAAUAAGAAUGUGUGUCCAGGUUUCGUCCAGGGGUUCCUGCAGGAAGAUCCAGAUUUCAGUGCUCCUCCUGUGUUUGAGCAGGAAUACCUGCUCGACGGAGGGCCGACAGAGAACAACCACUGUGAUCACCCGAAAGGAGGUGGCUCCUACGUCUCCAAAGCGGAUCACCUUUCUCGAGAUACUGGAAUUCCAAAUCACUCUCCUCAUGCUGACUCUGGAGUGUCCAAUCACAGUGCUGGUGUGCGAAAAAAUAGUGAAACUGAUGAAGUCCGCAAUGGAGCCAGAGCGAAAGUGUCUUUUAGCUUAGAUUCCCCUGAGAAGGGAACCGAACGGGGAAUUGAUCGGUCAGUUCUAAAAGCACAAGGCUGCAGUGACAGCAGCCUGGCAGCUGACUGCGCACAACCUAAAAAAGAAACGGAUUUAGUCAUCGAAGUUGGGGGACAGACCAUCAGCGCCCACAAGUCCAUCCUUGCAGAGAAGAGCGACUACUUCAAAGCACGCCAGUCGCGGAACAUCCUGAAAGUGAAGGGCAUGAGUUACAAGACUUUGUCGACACUGAUCGACUACAUUUACACCUCCCAGAUCAGUGUUAGCAAGGACAAUGUGGUGGAUGUCAUCACAGGGGCGAAAAUCCUGCAGAUCCCCUGUGCCGUCCAGGCUGCCAUGGACUCCAUGUCCGAGCAGGUCACCGUAGAGAACUGUUACGAGAUUCUGACCAUCGCCAAGAAGCAGCGACUCAGUGAACUGAAGGAGACUGCGUACAGGUUCAUGAGCGACAACUUCCUCCAGAUCCUCAAAGACCCCGCCGUCUACGGGCGCCUCACUGGGUCCGAGAGGGAUCUGGUCUUGAAGAAGAGAAUGGAGGGGAGAAAGACGUUGAUGGUCGCAGAGGUAAACGACGUGUUUGAUCGAGUUGGCAGCCGGCCGCCAAGCCGCUGUGGCAGCCGACCGCAGAGCCCCUUGUCUGUAGGGUCUUCGGAGGAGAGCCAUAUGAUUUAUUACUUCAGUGAAGCUGAAAACGACUGGCGACCUUUGACUGUGAUCCCAGAAGACUUAAACACUAAAGGCUGCGGGAUUUGCACCAUGCACAACUACCUGUUUGUGGCAGGGGGGAUAAAGGGCUAUGGGGACAAGGGCCAGGUGUCGGAUAAGGUCUUCUGUUACAACCCCGUAACCAAUCGCUGGGCUGAAAUUAGACCUCUGAACCAGGCACGAGCACAACUGAAGCUCGUGUCCAUGGACGGCAGCCUGUACGCCAUCGGAGGGGAAUGUUUGUUCACGGUGGAGAAAUACGACCCUCGGAUGGACCGCUGGACCAUGAUCGCGCCCUUGCCCAAGGGAGCCUUUGCGGUGGCCCACGAAGCCACCACCUGCAGCGGCGAGCUCUACGUGUCGGGCGGCUCCCUCUUCUACCGCCUUCUCAAGUACGACUCAAAGAGGGACGAGUGGCAGGAGUGCCCCUACAACAACAGCAGGAAGAAAUCCAGCGACAUGGUGGCGCUGAAAAGCUUCAUCUACCGCUUCGACGUGAACCGCGAGCAGGGCAUCAGCGUCUUCAAGUACAACGCCAUCGUGAAAAUGUGGCACGACUGCGCGUCGCAGAGGCCCGGAAGCCAUUUACCCUUCAGGUGCGCCGUUAUCGGGAACUGUAUUUACUGCGUGAACAAAAGCCAGACUCUUCAGUUCGUGGUGGAGGAGGAGAACGCCUACUUUGUGGAGGAGCCGCUGAAGGCGCCUCUGGAGGCGAAGGGUGUCCUUUUUCCUUUUGUGCUCAGUUUGCCUGAAAAGCCUGAAAAAGUCACAUAGAAAGAGAGUGUGUGUGUGUGUGUGUGUGUGUGUGCGCAUGUGUUUGUGUGGGUGGGUGAUCCAGAAUAAUGCAUUCAUCAUAGUUUAGUAAAAUCGCAAUAACUAGAAGAUCUUACAUACUCUCUUCGAUGUCAGCUUUAAAUCUCGGUGUCUCAUUGCCUGCUUGCAAUGGAAUGUGCGUAUUUGCAUGGCGGUGAAUUGCAUUUACAAAGUUGGGCCUUAAAAGAAAACAAUUUUUUUUCUCCUAAUGUCAAAUAAAUGCAACAGUAUAUGUGUCUGUAGAAAAUGACAUGAUGAAAGUUAUUAUUAAUAUUAUUGUCAUUAUUUUGUGUUCACAUUGGUUUGGUGCACUUUUGUAUUUAGAAUAGCCCUUACACAGAAUAUAUCGGAUUUGUUAUUGCGGUGACAAAUAUCAGCGUUUUGCGGAGGACUGUGUUUUAAAACAGUGCAGGCGUGCUUUAUGAACGACGCAAAAGGAGGCUCUAUGCAAAGUGUGUUACAAAACGCAGGUGGAUCUCCUGGAAAUCUUGGUGGUUAAAUCUGACGAGGAGCAAAUAUUUCCCAAAGCCAGAUUUUAAGAAAACAUUUAAUGUUAUUAAAUAGAUAGAAGUUCAGUCAAAGCACAAUAAAAGAGAUAUGUGACUUAUUUUUUACAUUCAGAACACAAUAUUUUGCUUAUAGUGAACACUAGUGGAUCAGCAGGCUAAACACUAAAAUUAUUUUGGAUUUGUUGAGACAUAAAAAAGCCAUAGCCCCCUUUUUUGACAGGCUGAGUCUGACAAGCGCGGCCUCUUCAGCCUGUUUUCACAUUGCUGUUGCUGGUCUUCUAGUUCAAAGGUACAAUGAUAUCCUAGGGCUACUGAACAGUCAAUCCAUUGCCUUCACCUGUUCCUCACACGAAAAUACCUUUGUCUUACGACGCUAUUAAGCCAUGCUCUUGUGUCUUUGCACACAAACACAAGUUCAUCUCUCAAUUUCUUCCACAGUUUAGGUAUUACUGCUGCAAUAAAAUGUGAGUGUCUGUAUGGAAGCUAAUGCUGGUAUAUUACUGGAACAGACUGGUUUGUGACUGUAAAAGUAACAAAAUGAUGUGGUUUUGUUAUUUUCCUGGCUGGCUUAUGUAUUGUGCGAGCUCCUUCUAUGAAUAUUGGCAGCGUUGGACCUGCUGUGAUGGACUGGAAAUCCUGUUCGUGGCAUUUGAAGUGGGCUAUCAAAUGAGCUGUUGGAUAGUGUCUAUGGGUUAAAAACGAAGUGCUAUAAAUAAAAUAUUUUAUGUCUGAAACGA